AUGUCUUCAGACACAUCAGACACUAAAUCCAAUAUGGCAGAUGUUAAGAAGAGAAGGAUCAGAAGGCCGACACUUCAGAGUCAUUUAAACUCACCAAACAGUAAGAAAGUUCUAUCGCAAAGUUUAAUUGAAAAAGAUGACCGACAAAUGGAGAUGCACAGCUUCCUGUCUCUUCCAAUUCAUAAGAAGACAAAUUACACUGCUCGAAUGAUGGCAGAGCAAAGGAAAGAGAUUCUCAAGCAGCUAAAGGAGGAGGAGGAAGAAGAGCAGGUAAAAGAAAGGGUGAAGAUUCUGAAGCAAGCCAAGAGUAAGCCAACACUCCAAAUACAAACACCAGCAAGGCGUGAGCUAAAGACAGCUUUGUUGAAGCAGAGGAACAUAUUGAGAGAAAGUAAACAUGACUUAAUCUCUAUGGAGCGUCAGAAGGCCGUGUUAGAGAUAACACUAAUGACAAAGCGAUCCGAGAUUUGUAAGAUGGAUAAGUCUAUCGCAAAAGAGGAGAGACGGCUGAAGGAAUUGGAGAAGACCAUUGAACAGGACAAUCAGAGCUUUGUUGCGUUCCUGAGAGAGAAUGAGAAGAAGUCUUCAGAGGCCCAAACAUUUUUUGAACAAGAGGCGAAGUCCAAACAAGAGAAAACUGCUGAGAUCAAGAAGUUGUCUUCUGAAAUAUCCUCAGUAAGAAGUGAAGUUGCCAAUUAUGAAGAAAUACUCCAAGAGUAUAAAAGAUACAGGGAUCUUCUCUUCAAGUUGUCUCCAAUUGAGUGGCAGGAGACUCAGAGAGCAAAGCUACUCAAGAAAGUCCAAGUGGAUAAAAACAGAAAAGCUGAGCAAAACAGGGAGUCAGAGAACUCAACAUUCUUUUCAGGUCACUCAGAACUAACUGCAGAUUCCCAACCCGCAAAACAUUAUGAACCAGACAUUGAUAGUUCACAAUAUGAGGAUGAACCAGACUUGUACUUCACAGAUCCCAAGCAACUUAUUGAACUGAUGACAGAGCUAACUGAGCAGAACUUGUCCUUGAUCAAGAACUCUACAAGAGCUGAAGAGACACUAGAGGAUCUCCAACAGUCAAUGGAGGAAGUCAGGAAGAGAACUGAAAAAGAUGAAGAACUUUUGAACAAGCAAAUAAAUGAUGUGAACAAGAGAAUUGAGGAAGAGAAGACAAGAUCUUUGGAGCUGAAAAAGAAGGUUCAGCUCCAUAUUGAGCUGAAAACACAAGAUGAGGAUGAAAUGAUGAGGGUGCUCGGAGAAAAGGUUGCUGAGGUGUAUAGUUGCUGUGUUGAUGACAGAUUAAGCAAAUGUAGCACCUUGGAAAAACUAGCCAGCAUUGAGAAGCAGUUGUCUUCACUGCUACAUUGUCUUGAAGAAAUACCCAAGGAAAGUUUGGAACUGAUGCAAAAGAUCAAGGCCAGCGAGAGGAGGACCAGGCAACGUGAAGAAAAGCUGAGGUUGCAAAGAGAAAAACAGAUAGAAAGGAUGAAGAGGUAUUUGGAGAGGUCCCUGUCUGACGCCAAGAAAACAAACGGACGUAAACUAAUGCCCAGAUGCCUCCCAACUGCACAGAAGGUCAAAACCAAAAAAGUGGAAAGUGCUCCAAUUGAUGACGACUUUAAUGACUACUUCUUCACAUCUCUAGACAUUGACUGA